CUGUCAGGCUCGUAAAAACAAACAUAACCGUUUCUUAGCAAUUUAUGACAUGUCAUAGGCUUAUUUACUAUGAUAAUAAUCAAAUAUUAGUAGUUCCAUGUUAUUUAUUGCGGAAAUAUUAAAUGAAUUUCAGUUGACUGGAAAUUUCUAUAUUUGAAUAUUGUUUUAAAUUGAAAGCCUAUAUUACGGCAAGUAUCAAGUUAAUUAUUAAAUAUUUUGGUAACCGUGAUGGCAAGUCCACUCCGUGAGAAGAAGGAGCCUGUUUUUGAAGAUAGCAAGCCAGAACAGCCCAGUGCCAGCUUCUCAGAACAUAGUCUGUCCAGUAUUGCCUCACAUGAUGAGUGUUUCCGGUCACGCCAACAUGCUGAGACUAGUCUUGGCAGGAUGGAGUCCUAUCUUCUCAAGAAUCAGCUGACUGAUGUCACUUUGAUCGCUGGUAACCGCCAGAUACCUGCACAUCGUCUGGUGCUAAGUGCUGGUUCCGAGUACUUCUCUGCGAUGUUCACCAGCAACUUGCGGGAGUCCUGUCAGAGUGAGAUAGUCCUGCAGGAUGUGGAUGGAGAUGCUUUGUGGGACCUGGUACAUUACUGCUACACUGGUCGUAUUGAGCUAAGAGAAGAGACGGUGGAGACACUGUUGGGUACUGCAUGUCUGCUGCAGCUGAGCGAGGUUGUCGAGGCUUGCUGUGCCUUCCUCAAGAAACAGCUUCAUCCCUCUAACUGUAUAGGCAUCUGUCUCUUCGCUGACACACAGGGCUGCUUCUCACUCAAGAGUGCAGCUCACAAUUACACAACUGAACACUUCAUGGAAGUUAUUCGAAACCAAGAGUUCCUUCUUCUGCCUGCUGAUGAGGUAGCCAAACUGUUGUCCUCUGAUGACCUUAAUGUUCCUUCAGAAGAGAUGAUUUUUCAUGCCCUGAUGUCGUGGAUUGGUCAUGAUGUAACCACCCGCAAGAAGGGGAUAAGUAAACUGUUGAGUCUUGUGAAGCUGCCGUUACUCAGCCCGUCGUUUAUAGCUGACCACAUAGAGACAGAGGUUCUGUUCCGAGAGGACCGGGGAUGUCAGGAGCUGAUCAUGGAGGCUAUGAAAUAUCACCUGCUGCCGGAGCGCCGUCCGAUGCUACAAUCAGUCCGGACACGUCCACGCAAGUCUACGGUUGGAGUCCUCUUCGCAGUUGGCGGCAUGGAUGCCAAUAAAUCCGGAGCUACCAGCAUAGAGCAGUAUGACCUGAGAGCCAACAAGUGGACCCAUGCAGCGAACAUGCCCGGGCGUCGGCUGCAGUUCGGAGUGGCAGUUGUGGAGGGCAAGCUCUAUGUCGUGGGCGGCCGUGACGGCCUCAAGACUCUCAACACUGUCGAGUGUUUCGAUAUCAAGACCAAAACCUGGAGCAACAUGCCACCUAUGUCUACUCAUCGUCAUGGACUGGGUGUGGGAGUGCUGGAGGGGCCACUGUAUGCAGUAGGUGGCCAUGACGGCUGGAGCUACCUCAACACUGUGGAGCGCUGGGAUCCUCAGGUGCGACAGUGGAGCUAUGUUGCCCCUAUGUCCACACAGCGGUCCACCGUUGGUGUAGCUGUGCUCAACGGCAAACUGUAUGCAGUGGGCGGACGAGAUGGCAGUUCCUGCCUGCGCACUGUAGAGUGCUAUGACCCACACACCAAUAAGUGGACAAAUUGUGCCCCGAUGGCCAAGCGGCGUGGUGGCGUGGGUGUUGGUGUCAUGAACGGGUAUCUAUACGCUCUAGGCGGUCACGAUGUGCCUGCCUCAAACCCAUCAGCUGCUCGCUUCGACUGUGUUGAAAGGUAUGACCCGAAAACAGACACAUGGACUACUGUGGCCAGUAUGAGCGUAGGUCGAGACACCCUGGGAGUCAGUCGUCUGGGAGACCGUCUGCUAGCAGUGGGUGGCUAUGACGGCCAGACAUACCUGCAACUGGUUGAAGCUUAUGACUCUCAGGCCAACGAGUGGCAACAGGUGGCACCUCUCAACACAGGCAGAGCCGGGUCCUGUGUCGUCGUGAUACAGCCAUCCUCGUGAGAACUCUCCUGUUACACCACUUGUCUUUCAAUCUUUAGUUACAUUCCUUAGCAUUAUUUCUUCUCAAAAUCAACUGUCUUUGAUUUCACCAUGACUAAAUAUGUUCCUUUGAUGUUUUUAAUUCUUGCCAAAUGCUUCAACCUGUAAUUUUAGCUUUAGUUUCAGCCUAAACAUUUCUGGUAUGUGGAAAUUUAUUUUUUAAUUUAUUUAUUUUAUCAAACAGAGGUGAGUUGCGGCUUUUGGAAUUCCGUCCAUAUUAUGAAUUGAGUUGUGAAUCUGAUAUUCAAGUUCAUUGAUUAUAGGCAGUAUCAUUCAGUAUUACUAACUGCCAUAAUACUCUGGACCUGCACUUUUUAAUACUUAGAUACCUGUAGAUUAGUAUGAAGAUGUUGACAGCAGAAACUAUUUCAAUUAUUUGGACAUAUCAAAACCUUAUUGUCUUCGUGUGUUCUCGUUAUAGAUGUUUGAAAACUUAGCUUUAGUUAUAAAUGUUUUUAAGUUAAUAACUUGAGUUGGAAAAAUACCUUAAUUACAUGUAUCCUCAAAACAGUACAUUUUUAAAUAAUAUAUGUUUUUUUUAGAUUUUGA